AUGAGAGUCGACGAACGGAGGAAUGCUGUGAAGGUCAACGAAUUGUGCUUCAACUGUCUCGGUCGCGGUCACACUUCAAAGGUCUGUUCCCGAGGCGCCUGUCGUGUUUGCGGUCAACGGCAUCAUUCAUUGCUGCACAUCAACAGCACUAGUGAGCAACAAACACCGCAAUCGAACAAGCGCUCGCAACAGUCAACACAGAACCCACAAUCGAGUCAGACAAGUUCAAUCUCACAACACAGAAAGCCAACACAAUCCACUCCUCAGCAAUCCUCAAACCAAUCACCCAAAAACCCAAUUCCUAUCGCCAGUCCAAACAUGCUAACACCUCGUACACCAGACACUCCUAAUGUCGUACUUACCGCUCAAGAAGCCAAGGUGUCACGAUCGGUUCUACUAGCAACUGCGAUCGUGAUCCUUGAAGACCCUUUUGGAAACACCAUGCAAGCUAGAGCAUCGCUAGACAGCGGCUCUCAGCUGUGUUUCAUUUCUGAACGAGCAUCGCAGCGUUUGAAAUUCAAGCGCUCUCGUGAGGCACUUUCGAUUAGUGGUAUCGGUCAAGCCGCUAAAAGGUGCAAACAGUCAAUUUCCGCCCGUGUUCGAUCUCGUAUUUCGUCGUUCACUGGGGAAGAUGUAUUCUACGUUCUACCACAAGUUACGCUUAACCUUCCCAUCCGGAAGAUUGAUUCCACCAGUCCGCAACUUCCGGAGGACAUCGCACUCGCCGAUCCGCAUUUCACGGAGCCCGGUAGCGUGGAUGUGAUCAUAGGAGCAGGAUUGUUCUUCGACCUGCUUCUCAAGGAGAAAUUCAAGCUCGGAGAGGAUGGACCAGUCGUACAAAACACGAACCUUGGCUGGAUUGUAUGCGGAAAUCUUCCUACCGAGUCGGACGUGCUUAGGCCGCACGUUGCCAAUGUAUGCACCGAAAAACUGGACGAUCUGCUCACGCGAUUCUGGGAACUGGAGUCGUGCAAAACGAAUAGUGUACUGUCACUAGAGGAAUACGCCUGCGAAAAACUCUUCGACCGCACAACGGUGCGGGAUGAAAGUGGGCGGUUCAUUGUAACACUUCCCAAGAAGGAAUACCUGAUUCGUCAACUUGGGGAUUCAAGAUCCACGGCGAUGCGCCGCUUCUUGUCGCUAGAACGUCGGCUAGACCAGAAUGUACAUCUCAAACAGAUGUACAGCGAGUUUAUUCACGAAUAUCUCCGCAUGGGCCACAUGGAGGAGGUUGUCGCGGAUGAAGAAGAUGCUGCGCUGCCGCAGUACUUUAUUCCGCAUCACUGCGUCAUCAAAUCCGACAGCACAACCACAAAGCUGCGGGUGGUGUUUGACGCAUCAUGUGCUACGUCGACCGGAGUCUCCCUCAAUAAUGCGUUGAUGGUGGGGCCGACGGUUCAGGAUGAUAUCAUAACGAUCAUCCUUCGCUUCCGAUUCCAUCGGAUUGCCAUCGUAGCAGACGUCGAAAAAAUGUACCGCAUGGUACUACAACAGUGGACGGAUCGCAAACUGCAAAAGAUCUUCUGGCGAGAUAAUCGGAACGAGGAAAUCCGAUUAUUCCAGUUGAACACCGUAACGUACGGGACGGCAUCAGCACCGUAUUUGGCCACGAAAUGCCUUAAGCGACUCGCAGAACUGGAUGGACACAAAUACCCUGAAGCAGCAAGAAUUCUCAGCAAAGAUUUUUAUGUUGACGACAUGAUGACUGGAGUUGACAGUGUUGAAGAUGGAGUCAAGCUGUGCAGCGACAUGCAGCAGCUGCUGAAAGGCGGAGGAUUCAACCUGCGAAAGUGGAGCAGCAACUGUCCAGCUGUUCUGGAGGAAAUACCCACGGAGCUCAAGGACGACCGCAGCUCGUUCGAGCUCGACGACUCAAGCGCAACCAUUAAAACUCUUGGGCUAAUAUGGGAGCCCAGGACAGAUGUAUUCCGCUUCAAGGUUCCGGAGUGGACAUCUUCGAUGAUCUGCAAACGUUCGGUCAUUUAUGACCUAGCAAGAAUCUUCGAUCCCAUGGGGCUAAUCGGAGUCGUGACCAUCUCUGCCAAAAUAUUCGUGCAGAUGCUCUGGAAACAGAAGGUUUCCUGGGAUGAACCUCUACAAGACGAACUUCAAGGACAAUGGCUCGAGUUUCGCACCAGCCUGUCGAGGCUCGAAAAUCUACAGAUUCCGAGAUGGAUUUCUUUUCGGAAGGAUUGCCUCUCGGUGGAACUCCACGGAUUUUGUGAUGCAUCUAUGAAGGCCUAUGGAGCAUGCAUAUACGUCCGAUGCACACACAUCGAUGGGACAAUCACAUCCAACUUGCUAGUAGCAAAAUCACGAGUCGCACCGCUUGCAGAGAUGGAAAAGAAGAGGAAACAGCUCACAAUUCCACGGUUAGAGUUGUCUUCCGCUGUACUUCUAGCUCACCUGUAUGAGAAAACUUCAGCAAGUAUUCCAGUGUCCACUCAGUCGUAUUUCCACACCGAUUCUAUGAUUGUAAGAUACUGGCUGUCAUCAAACCCGUCGCGAUACCAAAUGUUCGUGGCGAACAGGAUCUCAGAGGUGCAGCACCUGACGAAGUGCGGAACGUGGCGACAUGUUGCGGGCAAUGACAAUCCCGCGGAUGGCCUAUCGCGCGGUGUUUCGCCUGCAGAUCUACAGCAGAACUCGCUAUGGUGGGAAGGUCCGAGCUGGCUGCGACAACAGAAGGACUGCUGGCCGGAAACACACGAAGUAGUACUGGAGGAACUCGAUCGUUCGCACUUGGAGGAAGGUUCCGCAGUAGCUUCAGUAGCAGCAAUUUCUCCGCCGAGUGAAAUCUUCGGUUUACGUUCCACAUUGCACCGGUUAGAAAAACUAGUCGCUAUGUUGCUGCGCUUCAAACACAACGCUCUGCUGGCACGUGGAUCGACUCCCAGGAGGUACGGCUCGGUUUCACUUGCAGAACGGGAGGAUGCCCUACUGCACCUAGUGAAGCUGUCACAGAAGGAGUGCUUCGCUCAAGAAAUCGCCGAUCUCGAAAGAAAGGGAGAAGUCAAGCCAACUUCUCGAAUCAACACUCUCCAUCCACGGCUGGGGGAAGGCGUACUCCGAGUUGGCGGCCGGCUGGAAAAUGCUCCAGUUUCGACGGACCGGAAGCAUCCUAUGUUGUUGGAUAAGAAUCAUCCGCUAACGUUCAUGAUAAUGCGUCGUUUCCACUUUGAACACCUUCACGCUGGACCACAACUGCUGGUAGCCAGUGUCCGUGAACGUUUCUGGCCACUUAGUGCGCGCAGUCUCGCUAGGACGAUUGUGCAUGGAUGCAUUACCUGCUUCCGGAAUAAGCCGACAGUCCAUGACCAGUUGAUGGCCGAUCUUCCUGCGGAACGGGUUACCCCAGCGCCACCAUUUCUUCGGGUGGGCGUUGACUAUUGUGGGCCCUUCUUGAUCAACUACCCUAAUAGAAAGCGAAUCAGCGUCAAGCACUACGCCGCAAUCUUUGUUUGCUUGGUAACUAAGGCGGUCCAUAUUGAGAUGGUUGCUGACCUUACCACCCAAGGUUUCCUGGCCGCACUGAAACGGUUCGUGGCCAGACGUGGGAAACCAGCCCUUAUUACGUGCGAUAACGGCUCCAACUUCGUUGGAGCAAGGCGGCAGUUGGACGAACUUGCCGCUCUGUUCAGAGGCCAACAAUCUCAGCAAGCAAUCACUGCUGGAGCUGCGGAUGUUGGGAUAGACUUCAAAUUCAUCCCUGCCAAAUCCCCAAACUUCGGCGGUUUGUGGGAGGCGGCAGUGAAAUCCAUGAAGCAACACCUGAAGAAGACGAUAGGGCUGCGAACGGUUACUCCCGAAGAACUGAACACAGUUCUGACACAAAUCGAGGCGUGUCUGAACUCCAGACCGCUUACACAGAUCAGCAACGAUCCGAGUGACCUUGAUGUGUUGACUCCAGGCCACUUUCUCAUUCAACGUCCUUUGACGGCCGUGGCGGAACCGUGGCUGCAAGACGUUCCGGAGAACAGACUCUCCAGGUGGCAGAAGACAGAAGAUUUCGUUCAGCGUGUGUGGUCCAGAUGGUCCAUGCAGUACUUGUCCGAUCUGCACAACAGGACAAAGUGGACCCGUCAGAGGAACAACCUGUUCGUUGGCACAAUGGUGCUGAUCAAGGAGGAUAACCUUCCUCCUCUCAAAUGGCUUCUCGGAAGGGUGACGCAGAUCCAUCCAGGCGUGGAUGGAAACAUCAGGGUCGUUACUGUCCGGACUAAGGAUGGGAAUGUCGUACGUGCUAUCUCUAAGAUAUGCAUCCUGCCCAUCAGCGAUAACGAUCAAUUACCAACGUCUGAGGAGAACUAG